CGAAGAUCCGUCAUGAAGGCGGCAUGAUUGAUGAUUGAUGAACGGUGUUGGGCGGUUUGACCGCCAGCAAUCCCCCUCGACUUUGCGCUUAUAGACUUUGCACUUAUACGGGCAUCGAAUCUGGUCCUCCCUUGACUAAGGUCUGAAUCAGCUCCACGCCAUGUCUGCCUGAGCGGUGGGGUUGGCCUUGUUCAGGGCGCCAGGAGCAUUCCAGAUCUUGGCCGCAUUUUGGAACCUUGCCGUUCCCUCAUCCGGGCUUGCUUGGGAGUUUGACGCUUUUUAAGCCGGACGUUGCCGCAUUUCCGAUCCAUUUCGGCCGGCUACCGGUUCUGACCGCCGCUUGAGCAUCAACCCGGCGAUCGAGGUCGGUCGCAUCUGCCGUUCCAUUCACCGAAGGUGGUCCGACGGCGCCGGGCAACAGACGUGACGCUAUAUGAAACAGGGAUGUCAACUACGGAAUAAAUUAUCGCUGACCGUUGUUCUCGACGGGCAAUUAUAAGUGACCUCGCCUCGAGAGAUUCCAGCCUUUUUCUCCUCGAUUCAAAUCGAGUGCAGUGGAUUUGACAUCACAGAACAGCGAGCGCCCUACAACCCAUUGCCAGCGUUGCUUGCUUCGUGUGUUAAUGCAGCAGCUGUUUCGCCGGUUACUACUCUCCGCGGUGACGUCUGUGCUAUGACGGCACGGUUUGCAGAGCGCACUUGGGAAAGGUGCAAAGGUGCAGACGGGCCGCGAAACGACGCCCGUGGCUGGCGAAAACCGCCUGCUCCUACAGGCUCGACUGUCUGAUCGCCUGCAAGAAUGGCCGAGCGACGAACGGCAGAGGCUGGGCCGUCUCGACACACGCACUCGACACCAGCGGCGUCGUUCCCAACGCACAAUUCGCCACGCACAUGGUUCCUCACCUCGUCGCUCUCCCCGCUGUGCGUCCGGCUGAUCCGGCUGCUGCUGGCCCACGGCGACUACGUGGUCGCCUGUCUUCCGCCCGCCGAGAUCGAGGACGAGACGCGGAGUGCCGAGUUCCGCGAGCUCAUCAAUGAGUGUAAGAGCAGCCGCAAGGACCGCGAGGGCUGGAAGGACCGCAUACGCGGCAUCCGCUGCGAUGGACGCGCCAUGGGCCAGUGCGGCGCCGCCGUCGCCGAGGCCGUGCAGGUGUUUGGCCGGAUAGAUAUUUUGCUAUGCUGCAAGUCUGAGGCCGUGAUCGGCACCGUCGAGGAACUCUCGGCGACACCGGCAACACGCCAUCUAGUGCGCGACCAGUUCGACGCUAUCUUCUUCUCCCAGGUCAACUUCAUCAAGGCCACGCUGCCCCAGCUGCGUGCCCAGCACACGGGCCACAUCAUUAUCCUGACCAGCAUCGGCGGCCACAUCGGCACGCCGUGCAUGCCCAUGUACACGGCUGCCACCUGGGCGCUCGAAGGCUACUGCGACUCGCUGGCGUACGAGAUCGCGCCUUUCAACAUCAAGGUCACCAUCGUGCAGCCCAACAAGGAGAUCCAGAGCCUGACCAACAAGAUCAUCUUCGCGCCGCAGCUGCCCUUCUACGACGCCGAUCUCAGCCCGGCCCCGAGCAUGCGCGAGAUGUUGAGCAACGUGCUCAACGCCAACCCGGACACGGCCAUCGAGCAGUCCGAGGACGAGGUCCAGUACCGGUACCCGAUCCUGCCGGCCGCGGCGUACGACAAGCUCGUCAUGGAGACGGUGCACGCCCUGACCGCCAUCGGCGGCCACGAGAACCCGCCGGCGAGGCACAUUGUUGGGUUCGAGGGGGCGGUGGCGGUCAAGGAGAAGCUCAAGACGGUGACGGAGGAGUUGGAGGAUUUCGUCGAGGCGAGCUUGGCCGUGGAUAUCUUUGAGAGCGAGCUCAAGGCGGAGGCGAGGGAGGGCCGGUCGACAAUCGAGGUCGUUCCCCCGGGGUCCGGGGCGAGCGCGUGAGGCCGACGCCGACGCCGGGAAUGGAUAUUAGAAAUAUUAAACCUGCUCUGUCUGGUUUUUCCUUUGGGUUCAAGGAGUUGGCCUAGAAAAAGAAGGGACAGCUUGAAGCGACGGAAUGAAUGAUACCUGAUUUUACGCAGUCUCUUACCGAUGCGCCCUCAUCUAACGUACUUUAUUACCUACCUACCACGGAGUGCCUUAUUCGUCAUGUCCAAUCCUGUAUGCUAUGUUGGCAUCUCAAGAUCCUUUCGAGACUGAUAGUCCACCUCCCGCGUACUGUAAGUUAC